AUGAGUAUACCUCCGACAACUAGCCCUACUCUAAUCCCUAUCCCGUCUUUAGCUAGUACGUUGACUUUGAGCAAUAGCCUAGUAUCGACCAGCAGUAUUAUAUCGACUAGUAAUCUACACUCUCCUACUAGCGCAGUCCUGAGUAUAAUCAGCACAAUUAUACCCACCAACCCCAACCCGGCAACCACAUUAUCGGCGACCAGCCUAAAUGUGCCUCUUAGCCCGACUAUAAUCAGCAGUUCAACUCCAACCACUAUUUUGUCCCCUGCUACAACUGCAUCCCUAAGCAGCAGUAGGACGCAAAAUGGCUUCAUCAAUGCUGCAUAUUUCAUUAAUUGGGGCAUCAAUGACCGGAACUAUUAUCCCAACCAACUUCCCGCCGCUGAUUUGACUCACGUGUUCUAUGCCUUUGCUACACAGUUGCCCAACGGUACCGUAAUUAGCAGCGAGCCUGAAAAAGACGCCAUCUGCAUACGACAGCUGAAAGUGCUGAAGCAGAACAACCCUAGCCUGAAGGUGAUCUUGUCCAUUGGCGGCUGGGAUGCUUCUCAAGAUGGCUCUUUCAGCACAUUGGCUAGCACUGAUGCUAGGAGAUAUGUUUUCGCGUCAAGCGCCGUGCACAUGAUGCAAGCAUACGGAUUCGACGGCAUUGACAUAAACUGGGAGUAUCCGGCCAACAACAGGGAUGGCGCAAACUUCGUCCUCCUCCUAAAAGAAGUCCGCUCCGCACUCGAUAUCCUUGGGAACCAGUAUAACCGCCACCACUUCCUGCUAACUGUCGCUGCCCCUGCCGAGCCCGCCCACUAUCGGUAUUGGCGCGUGUCUGACAUGGUCCAGUACCUCGACUUCUUCAACUUCAUGGGCUACGACUACAUGGGGGCAGGUUUAAGCACAAUGAGCGGACAUCAGGCGAAUUUGUACAAGAGCUCCAAAAUCCCGUCGUCGACUGCCUUCGAGACCGAGUCUGGCGUGGAUUUCUACAUCGCCUCCGGCGUCCCGCCCUUCAAGAUCGUGCUGGGCAUGCCUCUCUAUGGUCGCUCGUUCGAGAACACCGAGCUGGGUGGGAGCUUCACAGCGCCCAUCACGGGCUCGUGGCCCGACUCCUCCGGCGGCACCAACGGCGGUGGCGCCGGCGUCUGGGACUACAAGGUCCUGCCCAAGGCCGGGGCCACCGAGAUAUACGCCAUCGACGCCGGCGCCACGUACAGCUACGAUGCGGACACUCGAGAGCUCAUCUCAUACGACACGGUCGACCAGGUCAGACGCAAGAUCGACUACGUGCUGAGCAUGGGCCUCGCUGGCGCUUACUUCUGGGAGGCGUCGGCGGACCGUACCGGCGAGGGCAGUCUCAUCCUCACGAGCGCGACGAGGUUCCGUGAGGCUGGGAGUCUGGAUUCAACGGCGAAUAUCGUGCUUUGA